ACCAGGAAGUGGCUGCCGGAAUUGGAAUAUCUGCUGUAGCUUGCAACGCCUGGGUGGUCCUAGAACUGGUGUAUGUAGUAAUCAUCAAUCUGAGGAGCACUCAGUAUGUUACUGGGUUAUAGUCCGGUGUUGCAAGCACUGCUAGGAACCUUCUUCACGUGGGGAUUGACGGCUGCUGGCUCAGCACUUGUGUUUGUCUUUUCCAGUGGGCAGAGACGGAUCCUGGAUGGCAGCCUGGGCUUUGCUGCAGGGGUCAUGCUGGCCGCUUCUUAUUGGUCGCUUCUUGCACCUGCCAUUGAGAUGGCUGAGGACUCCGGGAAGUUCGGAGCCUUUGCAUUCUUCCCUGUAGCUGUUGGCUUCACUCUGGGAGCGGCAUUUGUGUACUUUGCUGACCUCCUUCUCCCUUUGUUGGGUAUCAGUGAGCCUCCUCACACAGCUCUGGCUUUGAGCUAUGAUUCAAGAGCGGUGAAGGAGAAAUAUGAGCACCAACCCAUGCAUCAUCAGGAAUAUGAAAAUGAGCUGUCCAUCCGGAUAGACAAAGGUGAAAAUGGGGAACCUUAUCAGAGGAGGAAAGGUGCUGGAGGUAGCCAGCCAGAUGUUCCUGCUCCAUCACAGAUCCUCAAAGACAGGACUCUAAUGCCAACAAGCAACAGCUGGAGGCGGAUCAUGCUACUCAUUUUAGCAAUAACAAUACACAAUAUUCCUGAGGGUUUGGCUGUUGGUGUUGGAUUUGGUGCUGUUGGGAAGUCAGCAUCUGCAACCUUUGAAAGUGCCAGGAAUUUGGCAAUCGGGAUUGGAAUUCAAAAUUUUCCAGAAGGACUAGCUGUCAGCCUUCCCUUACGUGGGGCUGGAUUUUCGACAUGGAGAGCAUUCUGGUAUGGACAAUUAAGCGGUAUGGUGGAGCCCUUAGCUGGCAUUUUCGGGGCCUUUGCCGUUGUGUUUGCAGAGCCUCUUCUUCCCUAUGCCUUGGCUUUUGCGGCUGGGGCAAUGGUGUAUGUAGUGAUGGAUGAUAUCAUCCCAGAAGCACAGAUCAGCGGCAAUGGGAAGCUGGCUUCCUGGACCUCCAUUUUAGGAUUUGUGGUCAUGAUGUCCCUGGAUGUUGGACUUGGGUAACAGGAAAUGCCAUCUUUCCCCAUUUUGACCUUCAGAAUAUGUCAGUCUGGACAAAAUGCACAGCAGAAACUGGAAUGGGAACAUUGUAUUUUACAUAAUCAUAUUGAUCUGGGUUAAUGAUGAUUUGCCUUUAAUUAUAUGGACUUUUAAAAUUCACCAUAACAUUAUGUGGAUGGUUUUUAGAACACAUGGGAAGGUUCUUUCUCUUGCCAUCCAAUUAUUUCUUUUCCAUCAGGGAUUUUGGUAUGGAACAUAUCAGUUAAACUGCAAGGCAUAUUGUAUUCCUCCAAUUUAGGGGUAGGUUUUCACAUUCAUAAAGGUCAGGUCUAAUCUGUGGUGAUUGUCUUUGCUGUGUGUUCAUAAAUCUGGUGUGGUAUAAUGAGCAGGGGAAUCUCAAAAAGUUUACAGGCUUUCAGGCACAGAGAUAAGUGACAUAUGAGACAGGUAUGUACAAUGCUUUCUUCAGGGCUUUGGAAAUAUUCAGGUAAAUAAGUUGUUGAAAUGGAUAGUAACAUUUUUUUAAAAAAACCCAGUAACAUAAAUGAGAUCAUAAGAGUCUUAUAGGUGAAGGAAUGAGCUAUCUUAUUUGCACACUAUAUGGGGAAUUACCUGGAGAGCAAGGGAGUAUCCUUUUUCAGACUCCAAGGUGUUCCUGGCAAAUGUUAAGUGAAAAAUGUGCUUCUUUCACAUGUCCAGGCCUCUAAAAUACUGCCUUUCUAUGCUGAUUCAUUUCCUAAUAUGUCUAAUCUAGCUAAAAAGAUCACCCUCCCAUUUUAGGCUUAUGGUAUUUACCACUUUGGUGGAGGCCAGAGAAGCCUCUGUGAAUUGCUUAUUUAAACUCUUGGCACAGUUGACUUGCUAAUAUGUCAUUUCCACGAACACACUCUAACUGAAUUCAGCACGUACUUCUUGAAAACAGAUAAUAUAUGGCUUAUCCCCUAUGGCAGAAGGACUUAAUUUCCCCCCAACUCAUCUGGAUUCUUGUUUUGUUUUUUGCUGUUGCUUUAAUUGCAAUUACAUUCCUUGCUAUGUCAUUAGGCUGGAGUGAUGCUUCCCAAGGGUCAUGCAGUUACCAUCAACAUAGGUGCCCAUGAACUAAAUUAAGGGAAUACCAUGGAAUUGUUUCUUCAAUUUGGGUGGUGAGUGGUGGGAGAGGGUUGUUUUUGUAUACAAGGCCAGUACAGAAUGAUGAUUAGUAACUGAUAAUGAAUUUUUAACUAUGAUGAGUCUGAAUAAAAGAGCAG